UUUGACGGAAAUAAUAAUGAAGAAUUUAUUCUGCAAAUAGUAUUUAUUUCUGUUGCAACUAUGGAGGAUGGUAAAGGACAGAAACAAACAAUUUCUAAAUUGACGCCCGGAGAUGGUAUUCGAUCAAUACGUUCAUCUAAUGUGUUCCGAGCUAUAAACUUCGAACUGUAUACAAAGCCAAAUGCUGUAAUCAUGGCAAUCGGAGUGGUAGCAAUCGGAAUUACCUUCGGUUACAUUGCAUACAUGCGAUCUAAGUACGAUGGACUCGGAUACUACACGGCUGUUCAGGAUGACGGAAAAGAGUUAUUUUUGAAAAGAAAGUCUAGGUGGGAGUAAUAAAAUGAAUAUGCAUAAUUCAGCAGACAUAAAAA